CUAAAGAAGUCUGUAUGAACUGCCAUACCACACAUUCACAGUUGUGCUCAUUUCUGCCUUGCUUCUACUACCCACCGGGCUUAUCAAUCUUUUGGGGAACCUUAAGCCGAUUAGAGAGAAAAACGUGUGCAAAUAGUCAAUGGAUGAUUUAGAUGCUUUGUUGGCAGAACUGGAACAAACCUCAUUGAGUUUGAAUGUGAGUGAUUCAGAACCAGCAAAAGUUUGCUUUCUUCUGGAACGUGACAACAAGGAAAAACCAGCAGCAACAUCAGCAGAGACCAAUGCCACUCAGCACAAGAAGUUAGCCCCAGGACCGCCAAAGGUGCUAUCAGGACGCAGCAUUCAACAUCGGGAGGAAGAUGUAGAUAAUAUUUACAGCAAGGUGCCCACUCCACAGCCCCUGCACUCCUCACCUUCUUCCACCUCAGCUGCUCAUCAGCUGGAUGACCUUCUGGCUUCCCUGGGAACACUUCAGUCUAAGUUAGUGCUGGCAUCCAAUGAUUCUUUCUCUUUUUCGUUGCAGAAAAUUCUCACAGCCAUGGAUCGGACCUGGCAUCCAGAGCAUUUCUUUUGUGCCCACUGUGGAAAUGUAUUCGGCAAUGCAAGUUUCCAUGAGAAGGAUGGGAAGCCCUAUUGCCAAAAGGACUUCCUGGCCCUUUUCUCUCCAAAGUGCAGAGGCUGCGACCGGCCUGUCAUGGAUCAGUAUUUGUCAGCUUUGAACACUGUCUGGCACCCAGAGUGUUUUGUGUGUGGAGACUGUUUCUGCAGCUUUGACAAUGGCUCCUUCUUUGAAUUAAAUGGCCGCCCCUACUGUGAGCUUCAUUUCCACCAUCACCAGGGGACAGUGUGCCAGGGUUGUGGGAAGCCCAUUGUUGGGCGUUGUGUCAGUGCCAUGGGGUACAAGUUCCACCCAGAGCACUUUGUCUGUGCUUUCUGCCUUACUCAGUUGCACAAUGGCAUUUUUCAGGAGCAGAAUGGCAAAACCUACUGUAAUUCUUGUUUCAACAAACUUUUUGCUUGACUUGGUGGUUUGAGCAAAUUAAUGCUUUCUCAAGCCUGCCGCUCCCCUUUUUCAAGAACCAAAGCCUAACGAAAAUGGGGGGAAAUCCUUAAAGCGGGAACAGCUGGAAUCUUGUGCCCAUUUACCUAUUGAACUUAAUGGGGUUUACUUAUACUGUAAUUAAAGAUGCAUGGAAUUAAACUGUAAGAAAUGCAGUGAUAUAAAAUACUGCUGUAGCUUCCAUUUCCACAAAUAUACCAAUCUGCUUCAAUACAUCCAACUCAUUAAGUUUUCAGCAAUAGCUCUAUUCCAGUGCCUUUCAAAUAACCUACACAAGUUAAGUAUCUGGUCCAAUACUGCAGCUGAGUGAAAAACAGUAGCUUAUUUCAUAUUUGUAGUCUCUGAGGUCAACCAAGUAAUAUCAGCUUUUCAAUAAAAUUUUUUUUUCCUGCU